AUGCAAAGCUUGCAUCAAGAUCUCUCGCCAAGAAUGGAUUCAAACAGAGUCAUUUUAAAAAUCCUCAUGUUCCCAUGGCUGGCUCAUGGCCAUAUAUUCCCAUAUCUCGAGCUAGCCAAAAGACUCCUCACCAGAAAAAACUUCCACAUUCACAUGUGCACAACCGCCGUCAAUUUCCCCUCAAUCCAAGACUUCAUUCUCAAAAACUCACUUCAACACUCCAUAGACUUGGUGCAGCUCCAUUUGCAGCCAUCGCCGGAGCUUCCCCCGCACCACCAAACCACCAAAAAUCUUCCCUCCAACCUCGUCCCCGCUCUUCUCAAACAGUUUCAGACAUCGGAACCCGACUUUUCAGACAUUGUCGGCACCCUAAAUCCCGACCUCGUCAUCUACGACGCUUUCCAACCGUGGGCCGCCAGAAUUGCUUCGUCCAAGAACAUCCCGGCCGUCCAUUUCCGCCCCCUUGGGAUGGCCACCACAUCCUACGUCUACCACCACUACCACUCCACGGAACAGAGCUUUCCUUUCCCGGAACUCCAUCUGGCCGACCACGCGAAGGAGAGCAUGGACUCGUUCACCGAGUUUCUAAAGGACAACAUCUUUUUCGAGGACCGGGACUCUUUCAUCAACUUCGAGCUGUCGUCCGAUGUUGUCCUGCUGAAGACGUGCCGGGCGUUGGAGGGUAAGUACAUCGACUACCUCUCGGGGGCCUUCCGCAAGAAACUGCUGGCCGUGGGCCCGCUUGCCGCCAUCCGCGAUGGCUCGGGAAGCUCGGAGAUUCUGCGGUGGCUCGACGGGAAAGGCCCGCGCUCGACCGUGUACGUCUCGUUCGGCAGCGAGUGCUUCCCGUCCAAGGAAGAGAUAGCGGAGAUAGCGAGGGGGCUCGAGGCUUGCCGCGCAAGCUUCGUGUGGGUGAUUAGGUUCCCUGCCGGGGGGUCGGUUCCCCUGGAGGAGGCCCUUCCGGAAGGGUUCCUCGGGAGGGUGGGAGACAGGGGGCUGGUCGUGCCCGGGUGGGCCCCUCAGGCCGAUGUCCUAGCGCACCGUAGCACGGGCGGGUUCGUGAGCCACUGCGGGUGGAGCUCGUUAACCGAGAGCGUGUACUAUGGGGUUCCCGUCAUAGGCAUGCCGAUGAAGCUCAUCAUGUUCAUAGAUGUUAAGAUGAUGGUGGAUGCCGGUGUUUGUGUGGAGGUCGAGAGGAAAGGGAAUGGUGAGGCGUAUAAGGGAGACGAGAUAGCGAACGCGAUAAAUGAAGUGAUUGUGGAGAAAACGGGAGAACGGCUGAGGGGAAAGGCACUUGAGCUGAGCGAGAAGAUGAAGGCGGAGGAGGAGGUGGAGAUGGAUGCAACGAGUGAGUUGUUGUGGGAGCUUUGUUUACAAGCUAAAGUUCAAAAGGAGUGA